CUCCCUCACAACUCACCUCCGUUACAGACUUGACCCCCGUUCAAAACCUCUCCUUACCUUCACCCCAUUCAUCUGCGCGUUGCCGCCGCGCCGCCACAACCCCUUGUUCCAAUGGAUCAAGUAAUCACGGAGACCAAGACAAAUGCCGCCCCGUCCAUCACACCCGACCAACUGGACAUGCUCGUCGAGGAGGCUGACCGCGCCAAAAUGAAAGCCUACGCCCCGUAUUCAAAGUUCCGUGUUGGCGCAGCCUUGUUGGCGGAGGACGGCACCAUCUACUCCGGAGCAAACGUCGAAAACAGUUCAUACGGACUUACCGUCUGUGCAGAACGAAGUACCAUAUUUCACGCAGUGAGCAACGGAGUCCGCGCGUUUCAGGCUAUCGUCGUCACGACGGACAUUUCAGAGUCCUUUGUGUAUCCCUGUGGGGCAUGUCGCCAAGUCAUGUCCGAGUUUGGCAACUUUGACGUCUACUGUCUUCGACCGAAUGGGAAAGUAUCUCGAACGACCCUGGCGGACCUCAUCCCCUUUGCCUUUUCUCCUUCAGACUUGAGCAAAGGCCAGGGGAAAGGAGAAGAGGAUGAACCUGUUAAGAAACCUCGCAAGACAGACCAUUUGCGGACCCGAACCGCACGCGGUUGCAUGAAGAAGGGGGCUCAUGUCUUUGACAUCCGAAACCCUCGACUCAGAAUGUACUGUAGGAAUCGCUAA